UUUGGUCGUAAGGGGGAUUUGGCUUACGUAUCUCACGGUAUCUUUAUGUCGUAAAAAUAUUUCACAGUAUCAGUAACUAAUUUAGAUUCAACACCAAAAAAUGGUGGGAACUUUAAUUGAUUCACUUCGUGAAAGUAGUAAAGGACAAUUACAGUAUGACCGCAAUUGGCUUCAAGAAGGAAGAGCUCAGAAUAUUUUGAAUGGCAUUGCGACCAAUCUUAGUUCGCUUUCUCUAAGUCCAAAAAAAAUCGUUUCUGAAGAGAAGAAACAGAGUGGUGAAAUUGAUAUAUGCCACGUAGAGCCUGAAAAGCCCAAAGUAGACAGUGGCUCUAAGCCAUCAUCUCCAUCUGAAAAAGACAGUUUUAAUGACCUUCAUCUUAUGGCUAUUUACUCGCUCUCAGAAGUACCUGUGGUAGAGUAUGAAAAGGAAGUUACUAGAAAAGUGAAGGAAGUCGUCACAGCUCGUCAAGCAACUGUAGAGCAGUAUUCUAAGUUAUGUGCUCAGGAAGUAGAACAACAUCUCCAGGUACUUGCUAGGAACAGAGAAUUAGCAAAGCAGAAAGAAGCUGAAAAACAAAAGAAUGAAGCCGAACAAGGAAUCAAAGAAAUAUCUCAAAGACAAGAAGAAUUAAAAGAACGAAUAGAGACACAUGCUAAACUACUAAAGUCUAAAAUAAAAGAAGCUGAACUAAGACAAAAGCAACUUGAAGAAGAAAGGAAAAGAAGAGCCAAAGAAGAGGAAGAAGCAAGAAUUCAGAAACUUAAGACAUGCCAGAAUGAUAUCCAUUCAAUAAUUCAGUUGGCAAUGAGCACCUUACUUUCAUGUCCACACCAACAGCUGCUACAGGUGUCACCGAGUGAGCGAGCUACAACACUUGAGGAAGUGAGGGGCAGCAUUGAACAUUUGAUAGAAAACUGCCAAAAUAGGGGGACAUCUGCGGAGGACAUUGAAAAGGCGUUGCAGUUGGUUUCAAAAGUGCAACAGGUGUCCCAGUUUAUUACUGCAGAUACAGGUAAAUUUUUUUAAAGUUCUCAUGGACGUAGCAACUGGUCACAGACCCAACUUUUGACCACUAAAAGUCUCUGAAAACACAUCCAUACUUUAAAAGAAAGAAAGAAAACUACAACCAGUGGAACAAACUAUCUUAACAAAAGACGUUCUGAUAGAAUAUAGUUUGUUCCAAAAUCAUGUUCCUCUUUUUUUUUCUUGACUGAAUUCAUUUUUGGAUAUAUUUAUAUAGAUAUCUUUCAAGGAAAUUUGAGUGAAAUAUUAUUUACACAAAUAUUAGGUUUCAAACUGAAGGUGAAUGUCAUCUAGUAAAUCCUGAAAAAUGAAAAAUUCACUACAAUCGAAGAAGGGUAGUAGAGCUCGCUCAGAUUAACAAGUUUUAGUCGAGUAAAAGGAGUUUUUUUUGUGUGUACUUAAUAGUUAUAGUGAUAAUUGAGAGUCGGGUAUGUGGUAUUCUCAGUUUCCACUUGAGUAUUUGGGGAAUAAGGGGGAGGAUUUACAUAACCUGGUUUCUCUCAACUUUGACUAAAACUAAAGCUGAUAAAGAGACUAGACAAAGGUUUGAACACAAUGAAACA